AUGCGCGUCGCCGUGGUGGGCUGCCUGCACGGCGAGCUGGACAUCAUCUACGAGGCCAUCAGCCGCAUGGAACAGGAGCACCGGUACACCAUCGACCUCCUCCUCGUGUGCGGCGACUUCCAGACGAUCCGCAAUGCCAACGACCUGCGCUGCAUCGCCGUCCCCGACAAGUACAAGCGGGUGGGCCACUUUCCCGACUACUACUUCGGGCGGAAGGUGGCCAGCAAGUUGACGCUGCUGAUCGGCGGCAACCACGAAGCGUCCAACUACCUGCAGACGCUCCCGUACGGCGGCUGGGUCGCCCCCAACAUGUACUAUCUGGGCCUCUGUUCGGUGGUGAGGGUGGGCGGACUGCGUCUGGGCGGCAUCAGCGGCAUCUUCAAGUAUCACCACGCGAAGCUGAGUCACUUUGAGUGUUUGCCGUACAAUGCGGACACGAUGCGCAGCGUCUACCACAUGCGCGAAACGGAAAUCUACAAGCUGCUGCAGCUGACGGAAAAGCUGGACGUCUUCCUCUCGCACGACUGGCCCAUCAACAUUCACCAGUGCGGCAAUGUCGGCUAUCUGCUGCGGAAGAAGCCCUUCUUUCGCGACGAGGUCAACGACCAGCGGCUGGGCAAUCCGCUGCUGCAGCCGCUGGUGCACCACCUUCAGCCGCGGCACUGGUUUGCCGCCCACCUGCACGUCAGCUUCAAUGCGGUGGUCAAUCACGACAACAACAAAGGCAACGGAGCGCCUGCACAAGGUGGUGCUGGUGGCCAGCAGCAACUUCACCGGACGCAGUUUCAAGCCCUCGACAAGGUCCUCCCUCGGCGGCAGUUUCUCCAGGUUUUUGAAAUUCCCACGGAGGAAGAGCUGACGGGCAGACAGGGCCCAUCAACAUCAUCAUCAACAUCCUCCUCAUCACCAUCAAUGCCACUGCUAGAACACGACCCCGAGUGGCUGGCCAUCCUCUGCAAGACCGACUACCUGCUGAAGAUUCACCGCGAGCAGAUUCACGAGAUUGACAUCUUCAACGCCCACAACAGCGUCACCAUCACCGAGGAGGACGUGAAGGAGGUGGUGGCACUCUUCAACGGCGACCUCACCAUCUCACCGGCCGCCUUUGCCCCCUGCGAGCCGGUGACGGCCGUCAACGUGGACACUGACCCGCAGCGGGUGAAGAACUUUGUCAAUCCGCAGACGACUGCCCUCUGCGAGCGACUGUCCAUUCUCGACCCGAAUCGGCUCUUUCGCUUGGAGAAUGAUGGAGAGGCGUCGAGAGCGGUGGAAGACGCCGGCAACAGAGCUCCAACAUCGCUAGCCCCAGCGGCAGCAGCAGCCGUAGCGAAUCCUGAUGCCAUCAGCCUAAGCGACGACGACGAUGAUUGCUGCAAAGAGGAAGGGGAUGAGGAACAGGUGACAAAGAAGGCCAAACUUGAAGAGGAUGAACAGCAGCCGCCGCUCUUUGUCAUUGACACUGUCGGCAGCAAGUAA